GUCAAAUCAAUUGAUUAUUUUGUUUGGGAUUGGCGUUUUGCACUUCGCGUCUUAUUUUUCAUGUUUUUUCGCAAAUAUUAAAUCGGAAUCAUGAUGGAAUUGGAUGCAGACCCUUUGGAAGGCAGUAGCUAUGAGAUGGGAGUGACUGUUAAGGCUGAAAUCAAAGAGGAAGAGGAAGAACAUUAUAAUACUAUGGCCCUCCUAGAACUUGCUCAAUGCGUACAAACAAACCAAGAGCCGAUAGAAUUCAACUCUACAGAUGCAAUGAUGGAUCCAAAAACCGGUCUCAUGAUAUGCCUCCAUUGCCUUGAAGAUUUUGACUCCAACUUACUAUCGGACCACAUGAUUAACGCACACAACUACCGCAGAGUCUUAUUCAAAUGUCAUACAUGUCAGAACACGUUCCAAGAGCGAAAACUUCUGACAAUACACCGGCAAGAGUGCCAGCCGGAACAGAAAGUCAGAAAACGUAAGACAUUCCAACAGAUCAUGAGAGAUGUUGAAACGAAAUAUUUCAUGGAAGAACAGGAUCUGUUAGAACCGGCUUCCUGUCCGAUUUGUUUGCUCGACUUACCGAAGUAUUGUAUAAAAGAGCAUUUGUUGAACGAACAUCGGAAACCGGAUGUGAUAUUAACUUGUGGACGUUGUAAUAGGAAUUUUAAGUCUAAGUUGACGCUUAGAGAGCAUGUGAAGUUGGUCCAUGAGGCUGUGGAAGAUUCUGAAGAGUGUGAGCUUUGCGGUCAAAAGUUCAGGUCGUUAAAGUAUCUGUCUAACCAUAAGAGGAACGUGCAUCCAUCUGGUGACAAAAUCCACAAAUGCUCUGUCUGCGGCAAGGAGUUCAAGUCUCGUCUCUGCCUCCACCAGCACAGCAAGUACGUGCAUCCACCGGAGUCAGCAUCAGUGGCAUGUCCCCACUGCCCCAACAAGCUGUUCAAAUCCAGGAUUAACCUCACGCAGCAUCUGAAGGUGGCUCAUGGCUGGAAGAGGAAGAGUCACUAGGUAGUCACUAGUGAGUCACUGGGUUGUCACUAGGGAGUCACUAAAAAGUCACUAGUGAGUCAAUGGGAUUUCACUAGGGAGUCACUGACGAGCCACUAGGUAGUCAGUAAUGAGUCACUAGGGAGUCACCAGUGAGCUACACUAGUGCUUGUUGUUAGCUACUCUGUACUCAGUGGCUUGUCCCCACUGCCCCAAAAAGCAGUUCAAGUCUAGGAUCAACCUCACGCAGCACCUGAAGGUGGCUCACGGCUGGAAGAUUAAGAGUCACAAAUGAGUCACUAGUGAGUCAAUGGGAUUUCUGACUAGGGAGUCACUGACGAGCCAUUAGGACCUAGUGACUCAUUAGUGACUACCUAAUCACUAGUGAGCUACACU